GUCUGCCUCAUAUACGUGUGCAGAUCUAAGUUAAGUUCUGCAGAUCUCUCUGACGUUGGCUGAAGUUUCUUCAGAACGCACAGCCAUGAGCGGGACGGCGUGUGUGAGCCCGUCUGGCAUCGGUCCCCUGCAAAAUCGGCAGCGCCGCGAGGCUCGCGUGGACAGCGUCAUCCCUGUGAUGGUGGCGCGCCCAGGGCACUACAGCCAGGGCACGGUCGUCAAAGCCGUCACCAACCUGCUGCCAGGUCAGCCAACGGCAGAGAAAAACACGUGUGCAGCAAGAGGGCCGGAUGUGGUGCGGUGCGGUUGGUUUCUCUCUUGCCUUGCGUGUGCGCUUCCAGUUCGUGUGACACUGACAGAUGACAAGCAGGCGCCCCGUCAGCUCAGUGUCUACUCUAUCAAGUGAGCGAGCGAGCCACACACCACACAGACGAGCACAUGCCAUGCCACACGUCCGUCCGUCCAUGCCGUGCAGGUUCACCCCCGAGCUGCCGGGCAACCUGUCCCAGCAGACGCGCAUCGUGGGCCAGAUGAAGGCGGAGCUCAUCAACCGCCUCUUCAUGGGCCAGCGCACAACACCCAUAUUCACCGGCAUGACCAUCCUCACCGUGGCACCAACGUGCAUCCAAGGCGAACCUGACGAAGCUGUGGAGUUUACGGCUUCGGUCGUGGUGGGGCGUGACCCGGACGGGUGUGAGGUGCGGCGGGAGUACACAGUGGUCAUCGAAUGGAAGGCGACAUUCCCGCUGGACCCUGCCGGCAUCGAGGGGCUGGACAGGAGGUCUCUCGUCAAGGCCAAAAUGCACAACGCACUGGUGGGUGGGUACAAUGGAUGUGUGUGUGGUCAAUCAAAGCAAAAAGGGUGUGGUGUGGAUUGGUAUGUUGUGUUGUGUGUAUUGAUGUGUGUGUAGUCUCUGUAUGUGGACAACGCUGUUCGUCACGCCAUCAGGGGCAAAAUGAGGACCUGGGCACAAUUCCGCGACGCGUUCUACAAGUACAAACAGAGACGCUUGGAAUGCAUGGAACGCAUGGAAUGGAAUGGAAUCCAUGUGAUGUGACUGACACAUGCUCAACCAGCCCCCUGUGUUGUGUGUUGUGUGUUGUGUGUUGUCUAUUAGCGUGCAUCCGGGCGAGCUGCUGCAAGUGUACAAGCGCUACUCACUCGCCAAGGGCUUCAGGUAGGUCACCCCACGUGGUCUGUUCCGCGUACUUGAUCUUCGUCUGUCUGUGUCGGUGCCGGACCCACCCCCCAAUGCACCCACCCGUCCCUCAGCACUGCCACUGUCGACACGGAGCCCCACGGUCCGCAUGUGGCCAUUGGUGUGCGGCACCUGCUGCUCGAGGGCCGUGCGGCUGACAUCCUCCUCAACAUACAAGGCCGCACUCAGGGCACCGGCCAAGACAAACAAGACGCUGUCAAGCUGGCCCUUCAUGGACGGUCAGUGAGUGGCGGAGGCGGACGGGAGGGGGCUGCGGGAUCUGGAUGCAUGGAGAUUGAUGGAUCAUCGUUGUUGAUGUUUGUGUGCUGCGCUACAGGACGUGUGUGACGCCGAUCACUGGCAUCAAGUACACGAUAGACGACGUUGACUACUUGACCACUCCUGACCACACCUUCACGGACAGCAAGGGACAAGUGGUCACCUAUAGACAGGUGAGGUGGGCGGGGGGAGAGGAUAUAGAAAGGGACAAAGGGACACACAACACCUCCCCUCCCCACUCACCUCACCCCAUCGAUGAUUUGAUUUAUGUAUGUGGCAUGCACUGCAGUACUUUCUGGAUCGUUAUGCUCAGGAGGGCGUCGUAGACUAUCCGGCCGGCCGUGACUAUCCGAUGCUGGUGGGUAGGUGGAUGCAUUUAGCGCUCACAUUCACAGAUGCAGAGAAAGAUCACCAGCCAGCCACACACGACAUACAUACCUGUAUGCCUUGUCUUCAGGUGUGCAUCCGGCGAGGCAGGGAGGUGCGCAUACCGCCGCCCCUAGGUAGGUCCACCCAACCACACCCACACACACCCAUACACACACACAACGAGACACCGACCGACACAGAUGAUGGAUGCGUCUUGUGUGUGGGUGCAGCCUACAUGACGGGCAUAUCGAAGCGCGAGGGUCAGGAGCUGAAUCAGGUGCGGCAGGAGCUCACCAACAGGACCCGCAUGAACGCCGCCCGCCGCGUGGCCGAAACCCAGCAGCGUGUCCAAGCACUCAUCGGCACCAACAACAGCCCAUCCACACAGGCCGCCAUUGCCGACAGCGGCAUCGAAUUCCGCGGCGAGUUCCUUCAAGUGAGCUGAGCUACCUCUGCCCAGACCACCACCACCACCCAGGGAGACCUCACGAGUCUGUCUGUCUUAUGUGGGUGUGCAGGUGGAGGGCCGGGAGCUCAGCAAGGACUUGUUUGCGUCCCGGAUGAGCGUCGGCAACCUCCCCGAGGACGCGUCACCUAGUGACCCGGUGGAGGGCCACCGCAUCAGUUCGGCCCUGAAGUUUCGCGUGGACAGCGCGCCCCAGGCCGUGGUGGAGAUCUUCAUCGUGCACCAGCAGGGAGAGAAAGAGAAGAAGGAAGUCGAUGCCCUCACGACAGCACUCACCACACAGAUGAAUGAGUGAGUGAGCGAACGAACGAAACACAACACGUCCCAUCCCACCUACUCGUGUGUGUGUGUGUGCGUGUUGGUACAGGUACGGUCUGCGUCACAACGUGACGGCGCUGCGGGACACUCUGAGGGGAGCGGUGCGACGGGGUGCCUGGCCGUCAGAGUGGGCGGAGUACGUCAAGUACGGCAUCCACCAAGUGAGGCUCAAACGGGACAGACACAGGAACAACCAGCAGCCGGCAGAGUGAGCAAGCUUUGGUUGCAACAGGCAGGGAGGGAGGGAGGGGGGGAAGGAAUGACAGAAGGGGAGACGAACGAUUGAUUGUGUGACUGCCAUCCGUGUGGCUGGCCGGCAGGUGUUUCAUGGUGGUCAUCAUGCCACUUGGUGUGCAUCGGGAUGUCUACGGCACGAUCAAGCGGCUCAUGUGCAUCGAGCAGCCGAUCCUCUCCCAGUGCGUCAAGAGCAAAACCGUUCACGACAGAUUCGUCAGAGUAACCAACCCACCCACACACCAACUCAAGCCACCAGGGCUGAACCAACACACUCUGUGUGUGUGUGUGUGUGUGUGUGAUUGUAGGAGCCGGCCAGCUCCAUGGUUCGGUCCAAGCUGGUGUGUCAGAUGAUCAGCAAGAUGGGCGGCUGGGGCUGGACCCUCCCCGCCAUCGCAGACUCGGUCUCCGAAGAGACCGACGCCGGCGUCAAGGUCCGCAAGGAGACCAUGGUCAUCGGCAUCAACGCGGGGCAGGUGCGGCGCACACAGGUCCUCACCAUGACCGCAUCGUUCAACCAAGAGUAAGUUGGCCAUAUCAUCAAAGGCAGGCGCAUUCGUCACAUUGUCAUGCCGUCCGUCAUGACGCUUGGUUGGGUCAGGUUCACUCGUUAUCUGAGUGUGGUUGAGGUGCUGAGGUCUGAGCCGUCCGCGGCCACCUUCAUGGAGAUGGAGGCCGACAAGCUGCAGCAACACCUACCGGACUUCACACGACACUACGCCGAGAAGAACGGCGGCAAACUGCCCGAACGGAUCGUCAUAUACCGGUACACACACACACAUGCACACACACACACACACACACACGCACACCAGCAACAAGAGAGCACCCACAACGCCGUGCGCUCCAUCUGUGCCUUCGUUGCUGCAGUGACGGCCUUCCCGAAGCCGAGAAACGCAUCCUCUUCAAGUAAGUACGGUGCAGACACGACACACCCCACACAAGACACCAGCAAGGGUGUCGGUCGGUGCCUAUCUUUCUAUGUGCCAUUUUUUCAGGCUGUACGAGGACGCCAUCAAGGCCGCCAUCCAGGACUUCCCCCGCCGCACACGUCUGGUGCACCCCUCAGAUGUGACACAGACAGGCCAGUCGCGGCCGUCGUCCUCGCCGCCUGCCUUCAGCCCCUGCGUCACUCUCUGCAUCGUGGCCCUGCGCGGCACACAGGGCGUCAAAUUCGCCCAAGUGCAUCCCGACCAGCAGGUCGGUCAGCUCGCAGACUGACAGACUGACAGACAGACAGACCACCUCAUAUAGCAUAUGGGUGGGUGUUACGGCUGCAUCUGUGUGUGUGUGUGUGUGUGUGUGCAGGUGACGAACCCUCCUCCCCACACCGUGUUUGACCGUGGAAUCAACCGGCAGCACAAAUUCGACUUCUGUAAGGAAGACUGGCGACCUAAUGGCGGCAGCAUUUCCUACCUACAUUUGUUUGCCUGCAUGGCACGGUUGGGUGUAUGGCGUCCGUCAGACAUUGCUCACCAGCAGGUGCCCACCGGCAGCGUGAGUCCGACCUACUACGACGUGCUCUACAACAGUCCCCUGCUGGACGCUCCCAGCGGCGGCAGCAACGGGUGUGUGGGCUUCAAUGCCGACAACUUCAUCAACCUGACCACUCAGCUGGCAAACCUCUACCAAAACUGGUGCUGGUGACUGGUGGGGGGCCGGGCGGGCAGGAGAGGACACACGGCACGGCCCCUGUGCUGUGCUGCAUGCCCCAUCCAUCCAGAGCCCCUGUCUAUUUGAUUGUGUGUGUGUGUGUGUGUGUGCAGGGCGGGCCCCAUCCGGAUGCCGCAGCCACUGAUGUACGCCAAGAAGCUAUCGGUCGGUCGGUGAGGGGGAGAGACGAUAUGAUACGGUCCCACUCCCGUACGGCGCCCGACUUGUUUGUGCAUGUGAUGGAUCGAUCGAUUGAUUCAUCAGGAUUUGGUGUCCGAGUAUCUGCGUGAGCGGCCAGACGAAAGCCUCCGCCAGAACCUCUUCUACCUGUGAUUCUCACGUGUGUGUCUGUGUGCGUAUAUAUGUGAGUGUGGAUGGCUGCGUGGAUGGAAUGGAGCCUUGACGCUUUAAGUGUGUGCACAGGGCAUGCAUUAUGGCAUUUACGUGUUUAUUUCUUCAUGGCAUGGGGCCGACGGCUGUGAGGGCAUUGCAUUUAUAUACCGGCGUGGCGUGGUGCCGUGAAGAGAAGGACCGGUUGGUCUAUUGGUUUGUUGGUCUAUUGAUUCCAUUAUACAUAUGGUGGAGAGAGGACUUGUCGCUCAGUCGUCAUACAGCCUCUCGCUGGCGGAAAAACAGCAAUGAUCUUCCGAUCCGAUAAAAAGGCGGCAAUUUGUUUUCGCCUUGUCCUCGUGCACAUCCAUGUGGCUGUGUUGCGCGUGUCCAUGUGCGUGUCCAUGUGCGUGUGAGUGUGAGUGUGAGUGCAUGGACUCACGGGCCCCUCUGUCAAUCCGAUGGAACCGA